AUGGUACGUCGCAAUGCUGGGCGAAUUUUGCUCCCAACUGCUUCAACAAAUUCUGUUUGCUUCACAUGGGUGUUUGUUCCCAGCCCUGUUCACAAACCAAAAACCAUUCCUGUAUCGUUGAAAGUGAAAGGUUGGUGCAGCUCGAAGCUAUCCCAAGCUCGCUUGUCCAGCACCGCUCAAACGGGACAGCUCCCGUCCAAGCUACCUGACGAUUUCCUCCCCCACCUGUUUUCACUCGCCAGCUUACACCGUACGCCACGUCUCUUUAUUCGCCAUCCUUCACCGAACAAACGGACAAGGCACUUGAUCAUUUUGCUUUCAAGUUCGAUCAAGCGCGCUUUACUCCCACGUGGACCCCCACACUUUCCAUUCUCUUGCGGCAUGGGCAAUUGGAGUUUUUUCAUCAAGGCGUCGAGGACUCGGAAACACCCUGGCGGGAGAAUCCGUAGAAGCUCUAGCCUCUGGGCGCGCUGA